AUGUUGUGGCGAGACCUGAAGAAGUUGGUACAUGCCAGAUGUCCCUCCAACCUCUCUCAACUGGCUGAGUUCUGCAAGAAGGAGUGGGCAAAUAUCCCCAUAAGCAGAUGUGAGAGACUGGCAUUUGGCACUUCUCAGGAGGACUUCUCCAGAUACAUAUUAAACGGCAUUGUAUUCUGGAGUAGUGUCGUAAAAGAAAUCCUCAGCCUUGGAGAGCUGCUGGUGCAGCAAAUAAAGUCCAGUAGCCGCACACCACUCAUAACAGUGCUGCUUGAGGGUCGUCCUGACAGUGGUAAGACUGCACUUGCAGUAAAUAUUGCUAUGAAGUCGCAGUUCCCAUUUGUCAAAAUAUGCUCUACAGACGAGAUGAUGGGGUUUUCAGAGCUGGAGAUGUGCCACGCCAUAAAAAAGGUAAAGAUGAAGCACUGGACAUAA